AGGCCGCAGCCACAGGCCGACCGGCAUUCUUUGUGGUCAAGCUGUCCUCAAGCCAUUGGUGAUGCGCCCGUGUUGGUGCUGACGAACCUUGAAUCUUCAAUUCGAUCCCCGAUCCCCAACUUCUUGCGCCUUGCUGCGCGCACUCGUUAACUAGCGAUGCGCAUGCGAAUUGACCUCUGAGACGUUCCUUUACCCGACCGACAGACUCGGAAGUCACCCUCCCUCCCCAUUGAGGGGCUCCAGCCCGAGCCUAAUUCUGGUGUUGGCGCUGCACCGACGAGGGACACAUCUCCCCACGACGAACAACCCGAGAAACUACCUACGAGAGCAGUGACCGCGCGGCCACACCACCACCGCCAUGAUGAACGACUACGACGAGAAGCGCCACCUCGACGACGACUCCUUCGGCGCAAAAGGCGGCAUCGUCAGCGCCUUUGACGCAUUCCCCAAAGCCAAACCGCAAUACGUCACGCACACCUCCUCGGGCGGCAAAUGGACGGUGGCCAUGGCGCUGAUCAGCACGAUCCUCUUCUGGACCGAGCUCUCGCGCUGGUGGCAGGGCACGGAGCAGCACACCUUCGCCGUCGAGAAGGCCGUCUCCCACGUGCUGCCCAUCAACCUGGACGUGGUGGUGCGCAUGCGCUGCGCCGACCUGCACGUCAACGUGCAGGACGCCGCGGGCGACCGCAUCCUGGCCGCCGGCGCCCUCACGCGCGACCCCACGGUGUGGGCGCACUGGGUGGAUGGCCGUGGUGUGCAUCGCCUGGGGCGUGAUGCGCAGGGGAAGGUGGUCACGGGUGAGGGGUAUGCGGUCGAGCAUGAUGAGGGGUUUGGCGAGGAGCAUGUGCAUGAUAUUGUGGCGCUGGGCAGGCAGCGGGCGAAGUGGAGGAAGACGCCGCGGUUGUGGGGGGCCGAGGCGGAUAGUUGUCGCGUGUUUGGGAGCCUGGAGUUGAAUAAGGUGCAGGGGGAUUUUCAUAUCACGGCGCGGGGGCACGGGUAUAUGGAGUUUGGGGAGCAUCUGGAUCAUAACUCCUUCAACUUCUCGCACAUCAUCUCGGAGCUCUCCUUCGGGCCCUUCCUGCCCUCGCUGGUCAACCCGCUCGACAGCACGGUCAACACGGCCCCCGGCCACUUCCACAAGUUCCAGUACUACCUCUCGGUGGUGCCGACCACCUACAGCGUGGGCCACCCGGGCGAGCGCGGGUCGUCGGCGCUGCUGACCAACCAGUACGCCGUCACGGAGCAGAGCGGCGCCGUCGCCGAGAACACCAUCCCCGGCAUCUUUGUCAAGUACGAUAUCGAGCCCAUCCUGCUCAGCAUCGUCGAGACCCGCGACAGCUUCUUUGUCUUCCUCAUCAAGGUCGUGAAUGUCGUCAGUGGUGUGCUGGUUGCCGGUCACUGGGGGUUCCGGCUGAGUGACUGGGCCAAGGAGGUGUUGGGUCGCCGUCGGAGGGGGCAUAGCGAGGGGAUGCUGGGGAGGAAGGGGGAUCAUUCUGAGGAGUAGG